CCGCCGAAGCGUGGAGUUCGUAGUGAGUCCUAGUUCAGCUUUUCAUGCUGUCUGUGUGAGCGCGCCUCCUCGCUGAAAAGGCAUCCAGUACCUCAGGACGCUUAGCUCCUGUUUCAGGACUGUAUAUUGCGUGUUUGUCUUCGGAGAGGAUUCUUCCUAGUGCUGCUUUCUGAUGCAUAAAGUCUAUAUCUAAGCAGUUAGUCUAGGAUUGUGGUGUCCGAGUUGCUUGCUGUUCUUUUAACGACUUGAUAUCUUGCAAUGGCAGCAGCUCAGACACUCCAGCCAGCUUCAGUUCCUUCGGUCCACAAUAUUCCCAUUUCAGGGGCAAGCACCAACGUUGGCUCCCUUGCGAAAGCUUUGCAAGGCACAGAGACCAUUCCGGAGGUGUUCUUGCUUCCUGAGUCGGAGCGUGUCACAGUGCCUCACGAUGGUUACUCCGAGCAGGUGUCCCUGCCAGUUGUGGACCUCGGGGAACUGUUGCUGCCGGAGUGUUCCGAGGAGUCGAGGAAGAGAAUUGCUCGGGAAGUUGCGGAGGCCAGCAGCGAGUGGGGAUUCUUUCAGGUGGCUGGCCACGGCAUCCCUCUGGAGCUGCUGGAAAGAGUGAGAACUCAAGGACGAGCGUUCUUUUCACUGCCUGCCGAAGACAAGGAGAAAGCAUCGCUCGGUCUCUUCCAGGGAUACGAAGGCAGGCACGGCUUCAUUCCAACUCGCGUCCCGUGGUCCGAGACUUUCACUUUGCUAAUUGCUCCAACUUCCAACGUGGUGCCGAUAGUUGAGAAGUUAUGGCCAGAUGGAAACUCGGAGCUCAGCUCCACCAUCAUGGACUACGGCAACGAACUCCACUGCCUCGGGGUCAAGAUCCUGGAGCUUUUAGCCGAGAGCCUGGACUUGGACCAGGAUUUCUUCAGCAAGAACUUCAAAUCCAAGCACUCCGCCGGGAUGAGAAUGAACUUCUAUCCACCGUGUCCGCAGCCGUCCAUGGCACUCGGUCUGGGAGCCCACGCCGACCCAAACUGCCUGACAAUGCUCUACCAAGACGAAGUCGGUGGCCUCCAGAUCCAAAAGGACGACAAAUGGAUAGCCGUCAAGCCCGAUGUCGACUCACUGGUCCUAAACAUUGGAGAUAGCCUCCAGGCGUGGAGCAAUGGCAGGUUUCGCAGCGUCCAGCACCGCGCUGUUGUGAAUGGCAAUAACGCUCGUUUGUCCGUUGCCUUCUUCUACAGCCCGGACGACAGUGUAUCCAUGGAGGUUCCAGCGCAGCUCGUGGACGAAGCCCAUCCACUGCUCUACAGGCCCUUCACUUGGGCAGAGUAUUUGCAGCAGAUUAGAACCAAGCGGAUGCGCGGCAAAGGUGGCCUGGACACGUUCAUGAAGAUCUCAGACGAGAGCAAGACCGACUAAAAGGAAACCUCAACGCAAAUGUCUAGUUUUAUCUUUUUAUGAAUGACAGAUCUAAGCAUUAUAUGGA